AUUCUUACUUUAUUAUUAUUUUUUUUAAAUCUUAUUUUUCGUGUUUAAAGUAUUGGUCCUCAACUAUGAAAUAACCUGCCCCUGCACAUAAAAGAGGCUCCUUCACUGCCCACCUUUAAAACUCGCCUUAAAACCAACUAUUAUUCUUUGGCUUUUAUCGUUUAUUUUAUAAAUAAAGAUAUAGGGCAUGAUGAUUUAUUUGCGCGAACUGAUCCUUAGGAGCAGAUGCAUGCCUGUAAGACCGUACUGAGGGACAAAAACGUAGGCGCCGUGAAAAUUGCGGAAGGGCUGUGUCCCGACCCGUCUCACUCACAACAACACUUUGGGAGUCGGCGAAAAGUUUCUCUUAAGAGGAUCAGCAUCGACUGACAGCUCAGAAGCCUUCUCCGACAGCGGAGGAGAUCUCUCUACCGACAUGGCCCAGGCUAACAUCUCGGUGACAGAGAGCCAGUUCCGGUGUCCCAUCUGCCUGGACAUCCUCAGGGACCCGGUGUCCAUCCCCUGCGGACACACCUACUGCAUGCUGUGCAUCAGCAACUACUGGGACCAGGCGGAGCCGGCCCGGUUCAGCUGCCCCCAGUGCCGGGACGUCUUCAGCCCACGGCCGGUGCUGCGGAGGAACACGGUGCUCGCCGAGGUCGUAGACAAGCUCCAGCUGAGCGAGAUGGUCCAGGCGCCGGAGCUCUACCUGGGGGGAGCCGGCGAGGUGGCGUGCGACUUCUGCCCGGCGGAGAGCACGCUGAGGGCGGGCAAGUCGUGCCUGGUGUGCCUGGCGUCCUUCUGCGACCUCCACGUCCUGCCGCACCGCCAGGUCGGCCCUCUGCGGCGGCACAAGCUGGUGGACGCGGUGGAGCGGCUGGCGGAGAGGCUGUGCGCGCAGCACCGCCUCGGCCUGGAGCCCGCGGGGAGCGGAGGCGAGGCGGAGGCCGAGUGGAGCGGAGACUGCCUGCUGUGCGAGGCGGACCAGGAGGAAGAGCGCCGGGCGGACGCGCAGAAAGCCAGGAGACAGCUCCAGCUCCAGGAGUCCCAGAGGAUGGUUCAGGGAAGGAUACGGACCGGCGAGAGAGACCAAGAGGAGCUCCAACAGAGCUUGGAGUCCCUCAAGGCAUCAUCCUCAGCGGUUCUGGAGGAAAGUGAAGCUCUGUUUGCUGAGAUUGCACACCGCCUGGAGAAAACUAAAGCUGAGGUUCAAGGAUUGUUGGCGGCAAAAGGGCGAGCAGCGGUCGGGAGAGUGGAACGAGACAUGGAGCUUCUGGAGAAAGACCUGGAGGAGCUGAGGAAGAGAGACGAGGAGAUCAGCCAGCUGCUGCUAACCGAAGACAAUGUCCGUCUGUCACAGGCAGCCCCGCUGCUCUGCAUCCCCCUCGUCGCUGAUCAUCAGCACUCCAGAACCUUCAGCCGGCCCACAGAGGCCUUCAGCGACGCUAGAAAAGUGCUGAGCCACCUCCGCAGCUCCAUUGAGGACGUCUGCAGGGAGCAGGUGGACAAGAUCAGCCGCGCAGGUAAUGAGAACUUUGUCCCCGGUAGAGAGCUUGUAAACGAUGGCCAGAAUUACCGGGUGGGGAACUCCAAACCUCUGCAAUCCCCAUCUGCGGGGCAACAAUACAGCAGGGCUGCUCCAGUUUCAUUUCCUCUGUCCACACUUUGCCUGCAGCCACCUGAUCAGAGGAUGAGGGCAGCUUUACUCAGAUUUUCAUGUCGUCUAUCCUUGGACCCCAACACGGCCUACCCGACUCUGGUCCUCCUUGAGGAGCCUCAGGGGGCCCACUGCGGCGAGGACACGCAGCCGUACCCGCCCCACCGGCAUCGGUUCGACUCGGUGGCACAAGUCCUGUGCAGGGAGGGUCAGUUCGGUGCCGCCAGCUACUGGGAGGUGGAGUGGAGGGGAGGCGGAUGGGUCGACGUUGGCAUCACGACGCUGUCGAUCGGACGCAAAGGCGGCGGAAAGCCCUGCCUGCUGGGGCGUAACGAGAACUCUUGGCGGCUGAGGUGCACACACACGGGUUACUCCGCCUGGCACGACAACCGCAAGACCACAGUGGCCGCCCCGCCCUGCCCGAGGAUCGGGGUGCUCCUGGAGCGACAGAAGGGGGCGUUGUCCUUCUACAGCGUGUCAGACACCGUAGUACUUCUGCACACUUUUCACUGCCAGUUCUCUCAGCCGUUGUACCCGGCUUUCCGCCUGGAUCUGGACUCCACCCUGCUCAUCUGCCCACACGAGGGAGCCAAUGGAAGCAGGUCAUGAUAUAACAGUUUUUAAAAUAAUCUGCCGUGGAAAAGGCGCUGCAGCGAUGCAAACACUACAACAAUAUAACCAAAGACAAUCCACAUUAAAUUAUUGGAUUGAAAA